CAGCGCCCGCCCCCUUUUGCGGGGCCAGAAAGCUGAUUGGCCACAGCGUUCGCAGAAGGAAAACCGCUGAUUGGACGGACUGUAGAACGUUGGUUCCCGCCAGGCUUUUACGUGGAUGUGAUUGGCUGUUAAAGUGUCCUUCUUGUUAUUUUGGUGGAUGCGGAAGUAGACAUGAGCGUGGUCGCUAGUGUUAUAUUAUCAAAAUAAACGUCAAAGAAAAGAGUUAAAAUGAAUUUGCAGUCAGAAGAUGAAGAGUCAGAGUGAUAGCUGGUGAUGUAAUGAUGAACAAUGGACCCCGGUGGAGCCGAAGCACCGAACAUAGCUUACAAAGAGUUCACGUUUGCAGACAGAAAUAAAACCCCGCAGGAGUCUCUCUGUGUUUCCGUACCUGAGGUUCUGGAUCCACAGUAUGGGAUGUAUGUGUGGCCCUGUGCGGUGGUGCUGGCCCAGUAUCUGUGGACACAAAGAGAGGAGCUCAGAGACAAGACGGUGCUGGAGCUCGGGGCCGGUGUGAGUCUGCCAGGUGUGGUGGCUGCGAGGUGCGGGGCUCAGGUGAUCCUGUCGGACAGCGCUAGGACCCCGCUGUGUCUGGAGAACUGCCGGCGCAGCUGUGAAGCUAACGGCCUGCAGGAUGUGGUCGUGUUGGGUCUCACCUGGGGGGAAAUCUCACCGGAUCUCGUCCUGCUUCCAGAGCUGGACAUCAUCCUGGGGUCCGACGUCUUCUACGAGCCACAAGAUUUUGAAGACGUCCUCGUGACGGUUGCUUUUCUUCUCAGAAAAAACCCCCGAGCUCAGUUCUGGACCACGUACCAAGAGAGGAGUGCCGACUGGUCCAUUGAGGCUUUGCUGCACAGGUGGAAGCUGAGCUGCGUGGACGUUGAGCUGCAGACGUUCGGGGCAGAUAAAGCUGAGCUGGCUGGAUCGACGCUCCCCGGCAGCCACAGCGUCCUCAUGCUGGUCAUCACCCUGAACACGGGGCGCUGAAUGGCUCCUCUGCUACGUGCUAAGCUCAGCUAUGGUUACCAGAUUAAAGUGAUACGUCUGUAUAGUCACAUUCACAUCUGUGUGUGUUGAUGGUGAUUAAAGGAUCCAUUUGUGUUUAUUGUUGCAGUGUCUCUUUAUUAGGGGUCGAGUAAUGUUGGUGACAUAUUUUAUAUUUUAUAUUCAAAACUGAACAAUGAAUCCAAACAGUGAACUCAGUAACUGCAGGAAGUUUGUGUAAAAUAAGAGAUUCUGAUGAAUUCUGAGCAGAUUAUUUCCUGUUUAGGGAACUUUUUAUACAAUUCUGUCUGUAUUCUGUAUUUUUUAUAUUUUUAAACAAACAAACUUUAUAGAAUCCUUUUGUGUUUUCUUCUCCCUGACACUUGACCAUUGUUCUAUUAAACAAAUUUACAUUCA